CAUACGUACACAAUCAUUCAUGAAUGGGGAUACAUUGCAAAUAUACACAUACAGACAAUUAUUCAAUCAUCCAUUUACAGAAUGUCUAUCUUCAAAAUCCACUUUGCUAUCAUUCAAUAUUUAAUAUAAUAACCAUAUUUUAUUUGAGAAAAAACAUUUUAUACUUCAUAAUUAACAUUUCAUUGACACUAUUAUAAUUCAGAAAGACGUGAACAGUGGGAACGAAGAAGAAUCUACGAGAGAAAAAAAUAAAUAGAAAGAGGCCAAAGAAGAAAGCAGUUACAUAAUUUUGAGGCAGAAAAAUAUAAAUAUUUAUCAAAUUCAACAUAAGAAGAAAUAAUAUUUAUUCGUUUUGGGUAAACAGAAAAUCAAAAUUGAUUUUGUGACUUUUUCUCUCUCGAUCAACCGUUAAUUAUCCCAACGAAACGAACAAGAACUAUAAUUGUGGAUUAAUAUUUAAUUGAUUUGAUUAGUGAUUAUUACUCGAUUAUUCUUUGUGAAGAGUGUUUUUAUAUAUGGUGUAGUAUAUGUGUAUGAACAUCAUUUUUAACUGACCGGUACUUGUGGUAGUGCUGGUCAAAAUUAUGCAACGUGCUAGUCCUUUAACAUGGACUUCAUUCAAUACUAGUAGUGUUCACAAUUCAAUUGAAUUGCAGCAACAGAGACAGGAACAACAUCAAAGACUGUUAAAUAAUUUUCAGUCAUUAUAUAAUAGUAAUAUUACAAAUAAUAAUAGUAUUAUUGAUGAAGAUUCAUGUCAUCCUGUUGCAUCAACGAAUAAUAUUGACAAUAAUUUGAGUUUAUUACCAUUUAAUCAAUUCAUCAGUAAUAUACCAAGUUUGUUAAACUCUAUCAGUAAUAAUAAUAAUUCGGAAAGAAAUACUAUAUCAUCUUUGACUACGACAUCGUUAACAGCAUCACCUUCAUUAUCCUCUUCAACAGUAUCUACAUUGCCAUUAUCGUCAGUAACAUUUACAUCAUCGGCGUCAACCACAGUCAAUGCGAACUCAUCUACACCAAUGAAUCCAUAUAGUACUAGUACGGCAGCAGCUGUGGCCGCGGCCGCUGCAUGGUAUCCCUUAAGUUUAGCAAUGGAUGAAAUGGCUCAAAACAUAAUCUCUUCAAAAUCUGAACGAAUCGAUCGAAGCAUGUUUUCUUCCCUUUUCCUUCCAACAAUCUCUCAAACAAUGGCUAAAUCAAAUCGUAUAAUUCCAAAUCAAUUAAAUAAUUUACUACUACCUAAUUUAAUGCAUUCUGAUGAUUAUUAUACAAAAACAACUAUGACGACUACUACUGAUACUAGUACUACCAACACUACUGACAACAAUGUAAGUAGUAUUGAAAAUAAUUCUAAUCGCACGAAUAAUUCAAAUGGACAAAAUUUUUUGCAUGUUCAUGAAGAUAAUCUAAAUCCAACAUCAUCACAUCAAUCAGAUCAAAGUAUACAUGGUAAAUUAAGUCCAUUAUCUGGACAAAUGAAUGGAAUAGACCCAUCUGGAUCACCGCCAACAAUCCAUUCACCGAUCACUAAUGAUAACAAUAAAAGUAAAAAAGCUAGACAUAGAACAACAUUUUCAGUUCAACAGUUGUCAAUUUUAGAAGCAGCAUUUGAUAAUUGUCCAUAUCCUGACGCUGUAACACGAGAAGAUAUUGCGUCCAAAUUGUCACUCAGUGAAUCACGUGUACAAGUAUGGUUUCAAAAUCGUCGUGCUAAAUGGCGCAAACAAGAAGGUAGUCAAUUAUUAACCAAUGGUAAUAAUUCAAAUAAUACUUGUACUCCUACUAAUAAUGUUAGUAACACUACUUCGACUACUGCUACUACUAAUAAUAAUAUCAAUAGUAUCAUUACAUCCACAGCAUCGAUGGCAUCAUCCUCUUCGACGUCAUCAUCUUCAUCUAAUUUAUUAACUGUUGAAAAUGAUGAAGAAGAUUUACGAAUAAAUACAACAAAUAUUUUAGAAACACGACUUUUGACAACAACAACAACAACACCAACAGGUCGUAAAAGAGUUUCUGGUUCAAGUGUACAGCAACAACAUCAUCACCAACAGAAAAAUAGUUAUUCUAAUUAUAAUGAUUUUAAACAAAUCAAUGAUGAUACAGAUGGAAUGAUAAUCAAUCCAAUUUCACCAACUCAUUUCAAUUUAUCAUUGAUUACAAAUGAUCUUUUAAAUAAUUAUCAUCAACAAUUGAGAAAUUUUUCAUUUCUCAAUGAUAAUAUAAAAUAUACAACAUCACCAUCAUCAACAUCAAUUACUCCACCAAUUCAUAGUGACUUAGUGAAUUGUUCUAAUCAAACAACAAUGUUUAAUGAUAAUUUAUUCAAUACAACUAAAUCAACAGAAUUAAUAAAUUCACAAUUAUUUGAUAAAUCAUCAAUAAAAACUAUUGGAAAUAAUAAACACCAAACUAUUAAUUCUAAUUUAAAUUGUUUAAUUAAAUCAUCUGUAAAUAAUAAUCGGCAUUAUCAGCAUUAUUUAUCGAGUAGAAAAUCAACUCCAACUACUUGUAAACAACGUAAACAUACUAUGAAAAAUAUCAGUAAUAAUUAUGAUAAUGAUAAUACUGAUCAUGGUGAUCCUGUUAAUGCUGAUGAUCAUGACUUUGAUAAUGAUAUUGAUGAUGGUGAUGAUGAUGAUGAUGAUGAUGAAAUGGACAAGACUAGAACAAUGGGAGUGAAUAACUCAAAAACGAGAGAUUUACCAUUUUCUGUUUUAUCGCUUACAGCCAAUAAUAAUAAUAAUAGUAAUGUUAGUAAUAAUAAUAAUGAUAACUAUAACAGUAUAAAUGAUCCAUUUGCAAAACUUCAAUCAUCAUCCAAACUGUUUUAUCAAAAUCUCAUAAAAUCUAUAAAAUCAAUUAAUAAUAUUGAUAAUCAUGAAAAGAAAAAUUCCACUUCUCUCAAUUCUUCAUCAUCUACUUCAAUCCCGUUAAAUGAGAUCAACUGUUCAAUGAAUGAAUUGAAUCCUACUGAAGACGUAUCGAAAUUUUUAACGAAUCUAUCUGAUUUCGGUGUUUUUAUGAAUUCAUUAUUGAAAUCUAAAUUAAAUCUCUUGACAAAAACAUCAACUUUAUCUGACUGUAAUGGAAGUAAUCAUGAUCCAUGUCUAAAUACUCUGAAUGAUAAUACAACUAGUACUAAUGCUACUCAAAUUACUAAUACUACUACUAAUAAUAAUAGUAGUAAUACUGUGAUUGAUAAUGUUGUUCAAAAUUCAAUUUUAGAAAAUUUGAUAACUUCCUGUCCACAAUUCCCUUUCAAUUUACAAUAUUUAAAUGGUACACAAUUAAAUCAGCAUGGACUAGAUUUGAAGGUGGAGUCAGAUACAAAUAAACAAAUUAAUUCAAAUCGCAUGGAUAAUCUAUUUGGUUCAUCUGAAGAUCAGUCGGAAAAUCAAUAUCCUGAUAUACAAAAACUUAUUUUCAAUGAAAUAUCCUCAUCACAAACAUUGUCACCAUCUACACUAGCAUCUAAUACUGCUAACAAUCUACUUUGGGAAUACUUUUUGAAUCGUUUACAAGAUCCAAACAAUUCUUUAUUAUCUAAAUCACCAUCUCUUGGAACCUCGACAAUAACAACAAAUUCAUUACAAAAUAGUACUAAUAAUUCUAAUAACUCAUGUUCAAAUGAUUUAAUUAAUCACCCUGAUUUAUUGAAUUUGUCCAACCAUCAUUAUUCUAAUAUGAAUAUAGACUUUCGCAAGUUUUUACAGUAUACAAAUUUGAAAGGGAAAGAAACAAGUUUAAAUUUCAACUUUAACAAUUCUUCUACCAAUAACAUUACUGCUACUACUACUAUUACUACUUCAAAUAAUUCUCCUAGUAAUCCACAUCAUACUACUACUACUGCCAUAACAACAUCUACGACGAAUGGUCUGAUAUCGGAUUCAUUAGAUAAACUUAAAGACGAUUUAUUAUUGAACAGUACAAAUUUAACUAAUCCUAAUGAUCAAAUGACAAAAUUAUCACAAUCCGAUUUGAUCCAUAACUAUAUUAAAAAAUUUCAAUCAUUUGGAAAUGAAAUAAAUUGUGUAAAUAAUGACAGUGAUAGCAAUAAUGAUAAUAAUAAUAAUAUUACACAACAAAUGAUGCAAUAUUAUGCUCUAUGUGCAUUUGUUCAGACUACUACACUUUUGUCAAACUCAUCAUCUUCCACAUCGACAUGAAUACUUCAUAUAAAAAUAUAUCACUUUGGGCAUUAACACAAAAAUGUGCAUAUACAAGUAGAUUGAUGGAUAGACAGAUAGAUAAACAAACAUUUAUCCCUGUGAAUACUCUCCUUAUUGUGCAUAUAUAAAUAAGAAAAGUAAAGCCACAUUCCUAAACAAAAAUACAUCGAUGAAUUACCUCAUUGAUACUACUGGUAAGUACUACUAUUACUACCAAUACAGUGAUAUUCAUUUUCAUCGUAUAUAUAUAUAUGGGUAGUUAAUUAGAAAUUUCCAAAAGAAAAUUACCAUACACAAUCUGAUAUAUAUUUCAACCAAUCUAAACACUUUCCUUCUAAUAUUACUAUUAAUAAUAAUACUACUUAUAAUAAUGGUGAUAACUGUUAAUUUCUAUUCUCAUUUGUUUUUCUUUUUCUUCUGUAUAUUACUUUUCUUUUAACCUGUUUGUAAUCUCCCGUUCUUUCUCAUCCUCAUUCUCAAUUCAUUUUGUGUUGGUGUGUUAUUUUUGGUGUUAAGAAUCACCACUUUUGAUGAUGAAUGCAUAUCUUUUGGUGUAUACACAAUUAAUAUAUGUUUGUAUGUAUGCUUGAAAUUGUUCAUCAGUUUUGAGUUAGAGCUGGGUUUUUUUUCUUCAAAUGAACUUUCAAUUAUCGAAUUACGCUUAUGUAUGCAUAGAACUCAAACUAUACAAAUAUACACAUUAAUUACAAUUUCAUAAAGGAUCUCUUACAGCGUACAUACAAUAAAAUACAGUUUGACUAUAGUACAUAGAUCUGUGUAUAUGUUUGCCUGUCUAUCUAUCUAUAUAUCCAUGUAUCUGUCUUUAUGUAUAUAUAGGCAAACGUCUUACAGAUGUAAUGCGUAUUGUAUUGUAUUGUAUUUACAAAAUGAAUAUCUCAUUUUUGUCAAAUAUCUGUCAUAUCGUCACAUUAUGUACUUCAUAUAUAUCUUAAUUAACCUCUGCCUACCUCUAUUAUUUCUUAUUUCAUUCUAGUUCUGAUUUUACUCGUUUGAUUUUUGUGAAUCGAUGAUGAAUCCGUUUCGUUUUAUUGUUUCCUGGGGGUUUGGGGAUGAUUCUUUCUUUUCUUUUUUCUAUAUAUAUAAAUAAAGACGUAUUUAAUUAUUUACUUGUCUCAGUGUUUUCCUGUUUCAAAUAUUAAAUUUUUCUUUCACAGUUAUAUCCAAAACAAAUUUUCAGUAUUCAAAUUGAAUUCGGUUGAUAAUAUUCAAAUAUGAAUCGUGUACAGAGAGAAAAAAAAACGGG